AUGAGGGGCGCCUCCUCUGCUCGCGGUGUCCCGGGGUCUCGGAGGCAAGGUGUUACAUCCCAGAUGAAGCUCCCAGUUGUGAAAAACGAGGUUCACUCUUCUGAACAACUAGCAAAAUAUCUGGAAUCCUGGGAAGCUCCAUCAGAAGAAGAACAGCUGUUACAGUAUGUGGACAACCUCCUGCUAGCUACCAAAACCCAAGAGGCAUGUAUGGAGUGGACGACGAAAGAAGCAACACGAGCCUUCGGCCAACUGAAGAAGGCCCUCAUGUCAGCUCCAGCCCUGGGACUUCCAGAUGUGAGUAAACCAUUAUUUUUGUUUUCUCACGAAAAGCAGAGAAUUGCUUUGGGAAUACUAGCACAAGAUCUGGGCCCGUACUGCAGGGCAGUCACCUACCUCUCUAAGCAGCUGGAUGCAGUGGCUAAGGGAUGGCCAGGAUGCCUCACAGCGGUUGCGGCAGUGGCAGUGAACAUCCAGGAAGCACGCAAGUUCACCCUGGGCCAGAAGAUGACUGUGCUAGUGUCCCACACAGUGUCUGCAGUGCUGGAAGUAAAGGGGGGACAUUGGCUCUCCCCACAGAGAUUCCUGAAAUACCAAGCCAUAACGGUGGAACGAGAUGAUGUAGAAAUUGUGGUAACUAACAUUGUGAACCCAGUUUCUUUCCUCAGUGGUAGUAUGGGAGAAGCGGUGAUCCAUGACUGCCUGGAGACUAUCAAAGCUACCUACUCCAGUCGCCCGGAUCUGAAGGACACCCCUCUCGAGGUCACUGAGACCUGGUUUACUGAUGGAAGUAGCUAUGUCAUCAGUGGAAAAAGGCAUGCUGAAUAUGCAGUUACCACAAGCCAAGAGGUAAUAGAGUCUGGAUCAUUACCAACCAACACCUUGGCACAGAAGGCUGAAAUAACUGCCUUAACCCGGGCUUUAGAGAUGGCAAAAAGAAAGAAAAUCAAUAUUUACACAGACUCGAGGUAUGCAUUUGGGGUAGUCCAUGUGCAUGGGGCCAUCUGGAAGGAAAGAGGACUGUUGAACUCACAAGGAAAAAGCAUUAAACAUGCACAAGAGAUAAUAAAACUGUUGGAGGCAGUCCAGCUACCUGAAAAGGUAGCCAUCAUGCACAUCAAGGCACAUCAAAAAGUGAGCUCUGAAUUGGAGGAAGGAAAUGACCUGGCGGACAGAAAGGCAAAAGGAGCAGCUAAAGGUCCCAGUCCGGAGCAGGUUCGAAUGGUUCCAAGAAAUGAGAAAGAAAGACAGUCCAAGGAAAAAUUCGGACUGCCCAACUAA